GUGACUGCAAGAGGGAGGGUUUCUCCGCAUUACAUACAUGGAAGGAAGAAAACACAGCAAGCAGGCCGGGAAGCUGGACUUUCCUCCGGUGCAGGAACAGCAAGGGUGACAGUCCCACUAUUUUCUCUCUCUAUCAACUGUUGGAGAGUUAAGCAAGUAAAAACAUCUCGGAGACUUGUAGGACCAUCAACAAGAAUUCAGGAUAACCAGAUGCAAAAAAAUCAUCAGGUCUCCUGUAUCUUUAACAGCUGCAUGGAAGAAGGUGGAGGGGAAUACCUGGAGAAGGGCCUCAGAAGUCCAUCUCAGCGUUCGUGCAAGUUCACUUGGGAGCAGGCCGCCCUUCAGGUUCUUGGGUCCUAAGCUGCAUAGGGCUAUAAAGCUUCAAAAUAGCGCUUGGACUGAAAGUUUUUAAGCAAUUCCACUGCAUGCCUGGCUGUUGCUGUGCUUGGAAGCAGUUUAGCCAUCGGUGACGUUGUUUAAGAAACUGGUACAAUGUGUUGCAUUUGAUCGAUCCCAGUCAACAGUUCAGCAUCAGCAUUCUGGACCACAUGGAGUUUCCAAGCAGACCCCACAGACGGACCCACGUACAAGGCCUUGCAGUAGUCUAACCCAGAGACCCAUGGGGCACGAGUAACGUGAAUUCUUCAUUGUUUCUUCAUCUCCUGUGGUUGUGAAUCUGAGAACGGAGUAUGAUUUCUUUUCCUUCCUCGUCCAGCAGGCAAAAUAUGAAAUCCUAUCAGAAGCUGACGGCGGACGUCCCCCAGAUCACGGAGGCCGGGGAGGAGGCCACCGACGGGAAGCCGUUGUGCCAUCAGAAGUUGUCAGCUUGGUGGCUGGGCGGGGGUCUCCUGAUGGUAGCCGCCCUGCUGAGCGGAGUGACUGUUUGGGUCCUGGGGCAGAUUUGGUGGGUUCAACACGAAGCUCCGCCCCUUACGAAGUGCGUCUCCAUUCCGGAAAACAUGCGCUUUGACUGCUACCCGGAGAGAAACACGGUGGUGACCCGAGAACUUUGCGAGGGGAGGGGGUGUUGUUUUGUCGACGGUGAGCAGCCCUCCGGCGGCGCAAGCGGGGUGCCGUGGUGCUUUUACCCCCCGGACUUCCCCAGCUACACCUUGGGAAGCUUGAACGAGACCGAGAAGGGGAUGGUGGGCUUUCUAACCAGGAAGACACCUGCCUAUUAUCCGAGAGACAUCAAGGAACUUCAGCUCAGCGUGGAGUUUGAGACAGAUACUCGUCUACAUGUCAAGAUCACUGAUGCUGCAAACCCUCGGUAUGAAGUGCCCCUUGACGUUCCUCAGGUGACAAAAAGAGCGGAGAAUCCUGUAUACGCCAUCGAAUUCUCCAAGGAGCCCUUUGGCUUGAUAGUGAAACGAAGAGCUUCAGGAACUGUGCUGCUGAACACAACGGUGGCUCCCUUGUUCUUUGCGGAUCAGUUUCUCCAGAUUUCUACCCUUCUUCCAUCUACAUACCUUUAUGGACUGGGGGAACAUCAAAGCGACUUGCUACACAGUCUGGAGUGGAACACCUUGACCUUAUGGGCCCGAGAUGUCUCUCCCACGGAGUCCUACAAUCUCUACGGCGUUCACCCAUUUUAUCUCGUCAUGGAGAACGGCGGAGCGGCCCACGGGGUCUUCCUCUUGAAUAGCAACGCAAUGGAGGUGGCGCUUCAGCCUGCGCCCGCCCUCACCUGGAGGACCAUUGGAGGAGUUCUGGAUUUUUACAUCUUUUUAGGACCGGACCCCAACUUGGUGGUUCAGCAGUACCAGCAGGUGAUCGGCUUCCCCGCCAUGCCCCCUUUCUGGGGUUUGGGCUUCCACCUCUGCCGCUGGGGCUACGGAACAAGCAACGAGACCUGGCAGACUGUCAAAGCCAUGAGGAAUUUUCAGAUCCCCCAGGAUGCCCAGUGGAAUGACAUUGACUACAUGGACGGCUACCGGGACUUCACCAUGGACUCGCAGAACUUCAACACUCUCCCCCAGCUGGUGGAAGACCUUCACAAACAUGGGCAGUACUACGUGAUGAUUCUGGACCCCGGGAUCAGCAGCACUCGUCCGCCUGGCUCUUAUUGGCCUUACGACGAAGGCUUGAAGCGGGGAAUAUUCAUCAACAACACCCAGGGGAAGCCUCUGAUAGGGAAGGUCUGGCCAGGCCUCACCGCUUUCCCUGACUUCUCUAACCCAAAGACCCACCAGUGGUGGCUGGAGAACCUGAAGAGUUUCCACUCUCUCGUCCCUUUCGACGGCCUUUGGAUCGACAUGAAUGAACCCUCCAACUUCAUGGAUGGCUCCUCGGAAGGCUGUUCUCAAGGAGAACUGGAUAAGCCCCCCUACGUGCCCGCCAUACUGGGAGGCUUCCUUCAAGCCAAGACAAUCUGUGCCUCAGCCAGGCAAAGCGCAUCUGUGCACUACAACCUCCACAACCUCUAUGGGCUGAUGGAAGCCAAAGCUACUGCCAGUGCUCUGGUCAACAUCCGGGAGAAGCGGCCGUUGGUUAUCUCUCGUUCCUCCUUCCCCAGCCAGGGCAGGUAUUCGGGACACUGGCUCGGAGACAACAGGAGUGAGUGGAAGGACAUGGUCUGGUCCAUCCCAGGACUGCUGAGCUUCAGCCUCUUUGGAAUCCCGCUGGUCGGGGCCGACAUCUGUGGCUUCUCCGGCUCCACCUCGGAGGAGCUGUGCACUCGCUGGAUGCAGCUGGGGGCCUUCUAUCCCUUUUCACGGAACCACAACACCCAGGACGAGAAGGCUCAGGACCCCUCCGCGUUCAGUCCUGCAGCCCGGACCGCCAUGAAGGAGGCGCUGGAGGUCCGCUACGCCCUGCUUCCGUUUCUCUAUUCCCUCUUCCAUCGGGCCCACCUGCAAGGCGACACCGUAGCCCGGCCUCUGUUUUUUGAGUUCCCGAAGGACGUAGCCACCUACUCCAUCGACAAGCAGUUUCUCUGGGGCCGGGGCCUCUUGGUGACGCCGGUGCUGGAGCCGGGCGUGGAUUCGGUGGUCGGCUACUUCCCCAGAGGCGUGUGGUAUGACUACUACACGGGCUCCUUCGUGAACAGCAGCGGGGAGAGCCUGAAAAUGGCAGCGCCUCUGGACCACAUCAACGUGCACGUGCGGGAGGGCACCAUCCUGCCAACCCAGAAACCCGGAGGCAGCACUUCCUUGAGCCGCAGGAACCCUCUGCGUCUGAUUGCGGCCUUGUCGCAGAACGCCAACGCUUGGGGAGACCUUUACUGGGACGACGGCGACAGCCUGGACACCUUUGCAAAGGGCGACUAUUCGUAUUUGGUGUUCAAUGUCACCCAGAACACCUUUACUUCCACUGUCCUGCAUUCCAACGUGGAAGCCACCUACAUCACCGUCGAUACACUGACUGUUUAUGGGGUCCGAGAAGAGCCAAAAACGGUUACAGUCAAUAGCAAGGAGUGGCCGUUCACCUAUCUGACAAACCAGGUUCUCACCGUGAGUGACCUCCAGCUCAUCCUCAGCCAGGGCUUCUCCGUACGAUGGAUGUGAGGAUGGGCAAAACUCCCGCUGCUCCGGCCGUCUAUGAAUGUAGUGUAGCGAGCAGACUGUGCCAAACGUCCGAGUGGGGUCACCGCACACUGGAGGGCCCUUGUGGCCGCCCCGUCCCCUGCUCUUUGCAUCUGCUCGGGAAAGGACAUGACUUUCAUCCCUGCCGCUUCAGCUUUUAACGCAUCUCUGCCAAGAAUCUCCUGCUUCUCCUCUGCGCCUUGCUCGGUGGGAGUCCUUCGCACGCUGCUUCUACAUCCCACGCUCCCUUCUGCGUGUCGGACGGUGCUUCGUGGCUUUGUCGGAAAGGGAGAAGCGUCAGCCGCAUUCCUGAGAGUGUAAGAUUCGUAUUUUUUUACAGGAGCGCUGGGUCGCGACACGUUGCUACUUCCUACGAGGCUGUCUCCACUACUGCAUGAGGAGUGGAGGGGCUAUGCAUGCCAACAUCCGUCCCAAGCAUUUCCAUUUUAAAAGAUCUUGUUUAGCAAGGCUGGGCGAAAACCAAGCCCCAAGACUGCAUCUGCCAGGCCAUCCUGAGCGGGGAAAGGCUGUCGGUUUGACACGACCGUCCCCGGGCCCUAAUGUGGGAUGGUUUAUCCAAGCCAGGAACUGCAACAGGUAGAAAUUGCAACACCUCUGACCAGGCAAUUGGCCCACCCAGAGGGUCCUAUGUCUCACGUUUCAUUUCCCUUCUGUGCCGAUACAGGGCUCUGAGCCCUGGGCACCCACAGGGUCCAAGUUUGCUCACUAGACUUAAGACCCCAGCUUCAAAAACAGAGAUGCCCCGGAGUUCUGUCUGCUGCACAACACCGCUCUUUAUAAAACGUACAGAACAUCAACAUGUAUUGAACUUCAAAAGCCGGUGCCCUGAUUUGCCAAUAUCCUUGAUAAAAUCCACAAAGGUAAUUGUGGGUUUUCACCCUGUAAUAAUGCUGCUUUGUUCAUGGGGGGCCAGGGGAGGAGAGCUUUAAUGACCCACAGGGCUGGCUCGAAAGCCACUUCCAGUAGUAACCAAAUCUGCUUGGCUCCCACUGUUCAAGAUGCCAUGAUGCAGGGUGACUCACACCACUGGGUACUCGAGCAAUAGAUUCCAUUGUUAUGUAUCCGAGCGCACAAAAGGGCUGCGUUGCUGCCCAGGUGGGCUGCCCUGCAUCAUCAGAGAGGUUUGCCUCAAGACCCCUUUCAUUAAAUGCCUCCCAGGUCAGGAGGGGGUGCGAUUUGUGUAUCACACCAACCAGGGCGGGAUCUUGGAGUGGAUCUCUCAGCUCACUGCUGCUUUACUGGCACUGUGCUUGGGUCGCCGAGGGCAUUUGGGCCAGCCCUGAACUCACCCACAGUCUGAAUGUCUCUGCAGUUUACUAAAAUGCACAGAGGAAUCCCCCCACCCUCACCCCUCAGUUGCACUAUUUUCUAUACAAAGCCCGCCUUCCUCAUAUCUGCAGUUUUGUGAGCCAAAAUCUCUAUGUUCGCCUUCCUGGGCUUCUAGUCAUUGUGUUAAGUUGAUUUGCUGUUUAAUUAGCGCUAACGACGCAAGAGUUUUCAGCUGAUUGCCUGCCUUUUAGCCAAUUAAAAUAAGGAGGUGAAUUUAUGAUUCAGUAACAAAAAAUUAGAUCCAGUUAGUAGUACCUAGAGGAGGUCCAUUGAAAUAAAUGGGAGUUAAGGCAGGCAGGACUACAUUAAGUGCCGUUGGUUUUAGGUGGCCUACUCUGAGUAUGACUAAAUCUAGAUCCAUCCUAUUGUUAGAAACAGAGAGCAAUCUUUACUGUUUUCUUUUCAUUCACACUGUCUUACAGUAAUAUAGAUAUCUAAACCAAAAAAAUAGGCUUGAAAGAAACAAGUGUGCCCUUAAUUUUCAGCGCCACCAGUUAAAGUUUGCAUUCAUGAAUUUAAGGGAUGGGUAAGAGCCAUGAUCCAGCAGUGCUGCUAGCACUGGUAUGACAUCAGUGUAGCAUAGUUGGGAUCCUAAGGCAGCAAGAGUAAGUGGAGUGUAGGACUGCAUUGUAAGGCUGCAUCUUCGCUACACCUAACUGGGAGUAAACCCCAUGGAACUUGGGGGGACUUACUUCUGAGUAAACAUGCAGAGGAUUGUGCCAUAAAGCUUGAUUUGGUUAAACCGGUAGCUCUGUGGCACAAUCCUGUGCAUGUUUACUCAGAAGCAAGCCCUGCUAUGCUCAUUGGGACUUAUUUACAAGAAAGCCUGCAGAGGGCUGCAGCUUAAAGGCUUUGGCGUUAGCAAGCAGCUCUGGCAUCCUAACUUGCCACCAGCGGCUAACGAGGCUAGAAAGGGGUCGGCUGGCCUGUAUAUGUUCUUUGCUGCCUAACCAGAAGGUGAAGUGGCCAUGAAACAGCCGUUAGGGACACUAAGGCUAUGAGGUGGACGUGCAAUCUGGGAGCUUUUUUUUAGCUACGGCUGUCUUGUCACGUAGCUCCCAAUGGAGAGGCAUCUUGGACUAGCCCGCCAUUUUGCCCUCGCUAGCCAUCUCUUGUUGUCAUUGGCCCAUGGAUUGCAGCCAAGGGGGGGGGGGGAGGAAUGACACCUGUGGCCAAUGACACAUGCUGCCCUGUGGGGUUUUUUGGGGGGGGGGGCAUGUUUGGGCAUUGGGAGAUGGGGGGGGAGAGUUAGAUUUGUGCCUCUUUGAAAAAAAAAUUAAAUAAACACAUCUGCUUGAUUCGUUCCCCCCCAAUUUUUGUGUCAAAAUAAAAUACAGAAGUUGAAACUGA